GUGCGUGUGCACAGCCUCCGUGCAUAUCUGAUGGCCAGCGAGCGAGUCAGUCAGAUGCGUGGCGAACGUUGAAUUUAACGGUCGGUUUGGCAGUGAAAGUGGAAAGUGGAAGCCAUUGCCGUGCUCCGCGAGCCUGGCCAGCGAAUUGUUUGGUGCGGAAAACAAAAACAAAAAUCAUUAAAAAUUGCAGAAAUAUAUACAAGCCGCAAAAGAAAUAUGAAAGUGAAUGUUAGCCCGAAAGGGGAAAUACAUUGAAGUGCUUAGCUUGCUGAUACAAUCCGGUUCAAACAAUCCGCAGGAAAAGUGUUCAAACAUUGCGUCAGUUAAACUUGGGAAAUAAAAUCAAGUGAUACCAUCACGCUUGGAGUUGGAGCCUUCAAAUUUGCUGAAGACUUCAAAGAGUUGAUUAUUGCGGCUAAGCGUUUUUGUGUGAACAAAACUACGUUUAUUAUUCAUUUAUCAAAGUUAAAUGAAAUGGACAAGUGAAACGGGUUUUUCGACGACUUUUCUACAAAAAACAGCAUACCCCUUUUUACACAUAAAAAACCUAAUUACACGAGCACUUCCGGGGAGCAAAACAGCUGGACACAAGGGACGUUUAUGAGUGCGUGAAGUGAAGUACUUGGCAGAUGCCAAAUGGGUGCUGUCUGAAAUCAAAGAAAAAAUAAAUCAAGACCAGAGGAAAGCCAUCAAAUCGACGAACAAUUAACGGGCGGAAAUGGAAAUGGAAAUGUAUAAACAAUCAGCAAAAUGUGCAAAUUCGUGGAGAGCCAAUCGAAAGCCAGCUUGAGUGAAAGUGAAAAACUGCGGCGCGGGCAAAUUAUUAAUUAUCCGGCUGCUCUUUAGCGCAGUGCAGACAUUUUGUUUAUGAGCCAAUUUGCGAAGCGCAAAUAAAACCGAACCGCUGCCAGUCGAGCAUUAAUAAUUUGCAUAUUCCGUCCCAUCCCCAUUUAACCCCCAAAAGUCCCAAGAAGCAGACAGUGCGGCGUGCGGCGUGCGGCGUGCGGCGCUGAAGUGUUUAUCAAAUUGUGUGUGCCACAAAUGCAAGGCAUUUUCCCGACACGCGUCGCAAUACUACUUUCCCCCUCGAAAUGCUGGAGUUGCAACUUUGCGGAGAUUUGUCAGCCGGCGACUUGAGCGAAAUUCCCAAAAUGGGAAGCCACAGGGCCACGGAUACGGGACAUCGCCAGAUCCGGAGCCACAGAAAAUCCGACUGCCGGACUCUUCCAACCAGAUGCCUCCUGCUGCUCCUCGGCGUUCUACUUUUGAGCAUGGAGCUCGUCGAAUGCGCGCUGCGCAAUGUCAAUUUAAUAAUCGAACCGCCGGCGGUGCGACGGGGCCAGCAUGUGGUGCUGCGGUGCAUGUACGACCUGGACGGGGCUCCACUGUACUCGGCCAAGUUCUACCGUGGCCAGCUGGAGUUCUACCGCUACACGCCCGGCGAGUUUCCCAACACGAAAGUGUUUCCAUUCCCCGGCAUUCACGUGGAUGUAAGCAGCUCCAAUGCCACCCAGGUGCUGUUGCGCAACGUGGGAUUCGGUCUCUCUGGCAACUUUUCAUGCGAAGUGACCGCCGACGCCCCGCUCUUCUCAACCGCCACCGCAGUGGACACCAUGCAAGUUGUUGAACUGCCCGAGAAGCGUCCCCAGGUUUUCACGGAACACACACGCUACGAGCCCGGCGAUGUCCUGCGGGCCAAUUGCAGCACUCCCCCGUCGCGUCCGCGGGCAGAACUCACAUUCACCAUCAACAACUUGGUGAUAACCAAUGUGGACACCGAGUACAUUCGCACCAUCGAUAAUCUGAUUGCCACGCGGAUCUCGCUAAAGCUGCAACUGCAGGGCAUUCACUUUUCCAGCGUGAAUCCGGCCAUCUACAAUAGCGUCUACGGGCUGAACUCGGUUUACGGGCAUGGCGGACCGGUUUAUGCCCCGAACUCGAAUCCCGGCGGAUUACUCUUGCGCUGCUCGGCGCAAAUCGGAGACCUAUACCAGGAGUACAAGGAAAUCGAGCUGGGCACUCCGCAAAAGGAUCCGGUACCGGCACGUGUCACGCUCUCAUCCGACACGAGCUUGAAGAACUUUUUCAGCUCGUAUUUCUCGACAUCGGCGGCAUCGCGGCUCCUGCCCGGCGUCUACAUGGCGCCGCUUAUAAUGGCCGUGCUGGCUGGCUUAUUCCGGCUAAUUGAGGCUGCAUUUGAGCCCUGCGACGCCAGCAGCCAGGAUCCCCAGUCAGCGGCCGGACAUUCGAUGGAACAUUCCAAGGAGCGACGGGAGUCCAAGGAGCGUCCAGCUCCUGUGUCCAGCUGCAGCGCCUUCAAGGCGUCCCGACAGCAACUGGCCUGGCCAGGAUCACGGACAGAAGGUCUGGGUCUGGCCUAGGCGUGUGUUACGAGUUAGUUCAAUUCGAAAUAUAUUGGGGGAGUGCGCUAGACCUGGGCAAUUAAUAGGUAUUGGGUGAUCAAACUUCCGACAACCCCAACUUGAGGGCUUGAAUAAUUCUUUAUCAAUCCACAUUUGAACAUACUUGAACCAUUUUCGAAGGCCAGGAGAAGAAAACCAUUUAUUAUUUAAACAGGUCUAGGGGACACCCGCACUUCGUUGAUUUCAAGUAUCUUCUUUUGAUGACUGCUUUUCAUGUUAACCCUUAUUUUACACCAAAAACCACACUUUGAGAUGUGGCGUCUACUAGCGAGCUAAAGAGAAAAACAAAUUAAGUUUAAGCAAACAUUUAUAAACUAGCCUAGUCAUAAACAAGAAAACCGGAGGUUGGACAGCAGAACGGAAGAGUUUAAAACCUAUAAAGCAGGACAUACACAAUUCAAAUAUAAAUGUUUACACGAACGAGAUAAAGUAAAAGGAGAAUAUGCUAAGUAUAUGAAAUUACUGAUUCUACUUUUAAUGUGCAAGGUAACACAAAAAUAAACAGACAAACGACAAACAGAGCAGCAUAACAAACCAAAGCCAGAAAUCAAAGGUGUGUAUCCGUGGGAAGGGGAAAUGUGUGUAAAAUAUAUUUAAUGAAACAUAUUAAACUAAUUUAAUUUAAAGUAAAUAAAUCAAAGCCUUGUAUGGGCAUAUUGUAAAUGGUGGUGAAAUUAAAUAAAAUGUGUGUUA